UACCCACCCCGCGUCUCACCAAUUUGACUAAUUGUAAUUGUAGCGAGAAACCUUGUGAAUACCUGCUACUAGUAUACGUAGACAUUUGCCGAGUAUUGAUGCCACCAUGCUUCCGCCUCCCUCCCUUCAAGGUUGCUUUCGGGUUUAGAUAUCGUUAGCUUGGAUCUACAUUCUGUAAUUAAUAAUUCUCUUGAAAGGAGGCAAUUGUCCAUUUACUACUACUUAAACCCAUUACCCGACCCCUCACCUCGCCUUUUUUCCGUCUCUUUCUUCAUUCCUCUUCAACUUUCCACAGUUCAAACAAAUCGAUUCACAUACCACAACAAAUAUAUACAACAACACAUACUUUCAUCGCGCGUUGCAAUCAGAUACCCAUCAUGACUUCAGUUCAACUCAAGACGCCACUUACUGGCGAAUAUACUCAGCCCACAGGAUUGUUCAUCAACAACGAAUGGGUUAAAGGUGUUGAUGGAAAGACUUUUGAAGUCAUCAACCCUGCCACUGAAGAAGUCAUCACUUCCGUACACGAAGCCACUGAAAAAGAUGUCGACAUCGCUGUCGCAGCUGCACGAAAAGCAUACGAAGGAGAAUGGAGCAAAGUUACACCCGAAGGUCGUGGCAAAUUACUUGUCAAGUUAGCAGAGUUGGUUGAGAAGAAUGCCGAUCUACUGGCAGCUGUCGAAUCGUUAGACAACGGAAAGGCAAUUUCAAUGGCAAAGGGCGACGUUGCCGCCGUCGCUGGAUGUCUAAGAUAUUAUGGUGGAUGGGCAGAUAAAAUUGAAGGAAAGGUUAUCGAUACCGACCCAGAAUACUUCACAUACACAAAGCAAGAACCAAUUGGUGUCUGUGGUCAAAUUAUUCCAUGGAACUUCCCAUUGCUUAUGUGGUCAUGGAAGAUUGGUCCCGCUGUCGCAACUGGUAACACCGUCGUUCUCAAAACCGCCGAACAAACCCCUCUCUCUGCACUUGUUGCUGCAAACCUCAUCAAGGAAGCUGGUUUCCCUCCAGGAGUUGUUAACAUCAUUUCGGGUUUCGGAAAGAUUGCAGGUGCUGCCAUCGCAUCCCACAUGGAUGUUGACAAGGUCGCUUUCACUGGUUCUACCGUUGUCGGUCGUCAAAUCAUGAAGGCUGCUGCUGGAUCCAAUUUGAAGAAGGUUACACUUGAACUCGGGGGUAAAUCACCAAAUAUCGUCUUCAACGAUGCUGAUAUCGAGAACGCUAUCUCUUGGGUCAACUUCGGUAUCUUCUAUAACCACGGACAAACUUGCUGUGCUGGUUCAAGAGUUUACGUUCAAGAUGGUAUCUACGACAAAUUCGUUGAGAGUUUCAAGGCCCGUGCUAUCGCCAACAAGGUCGGCGACCCAUUCCACCACGAAACAUUCCAAGGUCCACAAGUUUCCCAACUUCAAUAUGACCGUAUCAUGGGUUAUAUUGAUGAGGGUAAGAAGUCUGGCGCCACCGUUGUUACUGGUGGUGAGAGACAUGGUGACAAGGGAUACUUCAUUCAACCCACCAUCUUCUCUGAUGUUACUGAAGACAUGAAGAUCAUGCAAGAGGAGAUUUUUGGACCUGUUUGCUCUAUUGCCAAAUUCUCUACUGAGGAGGAGAUUAUCAAGAUCGGUAACGGCUCCAACUACGGUUUAGCCUCUGCCGUCCACACCCAAAACCUCAACACUGCUCUCCGUGUAUCGAAUGCUCUCAAGGCAGGUACAGUCUGGGUCAACUGCUACAAUAUGCUACACCACCAAGUACCAUUCGGUGGAUACAAGGAAUCUGGUAUUGGACGCGAGUUAGGUGAAGCAGCUUUGAGCAAUUACACACAAACCAAGUCUGUAAGAAUCAGAUUGGGUGAUGCUCUCUUCGGUUAAGGAUUCUUUAAUCAAGCAAAUAGUAUUUUAAUUUGUACAAUUUUGGGGGUUUUCAGGGCGAUAUGAGCCUGGUCUCGGUUCUUUGGUAGUAUUAGCGUUUAUGAAUGAAAUUACAUGUCCAUUAAAUCUAACGGAUAAUUCUUGUUCAGUUUUCUUAUCAUGUCAACAUUAUUUUUUGUGUUUCCAUAGGUAAUCAUAUCCUAUUCCUUAG